CCAAAAAUUAGAGCUUAAAAUCCAGGCUACAGAUGGAGACGACCCAAAAAACCCAAACAGCAUAAUCCAGUAUCGCAUUGACAACAGCCCGUUCAGUAGUAACUUUACCAUAGACCAAGACUCUGGUGUGCUGGAAAACAAUGGUCGAUUGGACCGUGAGGCUAUGGACCCUGCCCUAGAUGGUGUGAUUGAGUUGAUGGUGAUCGCUUCAGAUAUGGGCACACCAUCCCUGUUCUCCACAGCCAAAGUGACCAUCAACAUUGGGGAUGAAAAUGACAAUUCUCCACAGUACCUUGAUCCUGCUCCCUACAAAUUUAAAGUAAAGGAAAGUGAAGGAGGCAUAUGGGUUGGCUCUGUGCGGGCUCACGAUGGCGACCAAUCAGACUUCAAUAAUCGUAUCUUCUUCAGUAUUACUGAUGGUAGUUUUGGAAGUUUCAUAUUAUUUAGUGAGAACAUCAGUGAAGGUUACAGGGGCAACAUCACGGUGGAUCCCGCUGUUGAGCUGGACUACGAAAGUGACCGCAAGACGUACGAUCUAACAGUGGAGGCCUCGGACUUGGGUCAGCAAAAGGUUGAGACAACAGUGAAAGUAAUUGUGGUUGAUGUGAAUGACACUCCACCUGAAUUCCCAUCCGACAUGACCCUGAGCGUAAAAGAGAACAGCACCUUGUCAAUGCCUCUGGGCUCAAUCAAAGGCAAAGAUGUGGACACUGAACACCUUCUAGAAUAUGAGCUUGAUUCUACUGAAUGCCAGUGCAAUGGCGUCAGAGGUCCAUGUCCCGAAGAGUGGUUCAAAGUUGAGAGUAACGGUGAUGUGAUAACUAAUACUGUCUAUGAUAUUGACUAUGAGAAAUGUGAUAAAGUGUUCAUGAAUGCCAAGGUGGUGGAUGUUUUAACUGAGAAGAGGAGAGACAGUACUGAAGGAGUUGUCACUAUUAAUAUUGUGGAUAUCAAUGACAACGCCCCAGAGUUUGUUGUCUUGCAGGACUUCUAUGUUGUAGUCAUUGAGAAAGUUGAGGUGGGCACAUCUGUUGGCAGAGUUUAUGCCAUAGACAGAGACACAGGAGAGAACAGGAAAACCAAAUUUGAAGUUACCAAGGUGGACUUUGUUAGCAGUGAAGGGAAUUCCACAGAGAGUUUGUUUCUCUACGCCGACUCUGCCGAUCAGGAAGAUGCUGACGGAAGGUUCACUGCACAUAUACGGUCCCAGAAGGCAAUGGAAAAUAAUAAAAGAGGGAAGUUCAUGGUUCAGGUGAAGGUGUCUAAUCUUGAUGGUCUCAGUUCCACCUCUGUGGUUGAGCUUCUCACAGUUGACAGCUCCUACAGAGUCAGUCUCAGAUUUAGUGCAUCUGUGUCUGAAGUCAAUGAGAAUUUGCCUCAGAUCAGAGCGAUUCUGAUAAGUGCUACAAAAGCAACGGUGGAAUUCUUCAAUGUGUUUAGUGAGACGGUUAUUCAGCGAGCUGAAGAGAUGACCAUUUUGGAGGCUUAUUUUGUGUUCCCAAACGGCACAGCUCUUGACUAUGAUGCAGUGACCGCAAUCCUGAAUUCAGAGGAGGUCUACAAGGAACAUGGAUACCAACUAACUCAGCUUGGAUUUACUGGCAUUUCGACAACUGUUACCGAGUCUACAGAUGUUAAGACAGAGGUAUUCAUCAUGAUUGGUUUGAUGGCUGCACUGGUGAUCGUUCUUGUUGUAACAACCACCUCACUCGUGUGCAUCAGAAGAAACUACAAGAGGAAACUGAAGGCAGCCAAAGCCAUGAAUUCAGCUGCCACAGUGGUCAUAGAGAAUAAGAAGACCGGCCCUGUUGUUCCUGGAACCAACAAAUACACCAAAGAAGGAGCAAACCCAGUGCUGAAUAUGAAUAUUGACACGGCCACAGACCUAGGCUUUGACGAAGAUGGCUCCAGCGCAGACAGAGAGAGCCUUAAUUCCUUGGACUACAACAUCGAUAUGACCAUGGCAGAGAAAGACACUAUGCCAAUGAUGGUAAUUCAGGAGGAAGAGGAGGAGGAUGAAAGGAGUGAAUCUCCGUACAUUGAGCCUCUGGGUGCUGCACUGGCCCAGCGAGAAAAGAGGAGAGGUGCAGAUAGCCCCAGUCUCACUUUUGCAAACCAUUCCAUAGACACCACUGAUCUCUAACAUUCAACCUCUGAGCUCCACCUAUUUGCCAUUUUUUUUAAUACUUGGUCCUGCCAAAAAAGGAGAAAAGUUUCAAUUUCAUAAUUUAUUCAAUUUGAACAAACUCUAAAUCUAAACAAGACCGUUAUCAUCAAUGCACUUUUAAAUGUAAGAGUUGGAGAGAAAAAAAUUCUCAGUGCACUAAAAACAAGCAGUAAUUCAAACAGUAUUUGAAGUCAAAUUUUACUUACAUUAUUAUUUAUUGGGUUUUUUUUUAUUCUGAAUUUAUGGAAUCUCCAAUAUGUAAUACCUAUUCCUAGAUUGUAAUGUUUUGUCAUACAGAAGAAUGGAACUCUCCAUUUGAAUUAUUCUUUUCUGUCUCUGAACAAAAAGCAUAAACUGCAUCAACAGAAACUAAAGUAAAACUGCUUGAGUAUCCUGCCAAAUAUUACCUGGCACCAUUCUGCUAAGUUUAGGUCUGAGUCAAAUCAAAUCAAUUAAAUAAAACUCAUAUCAUGUUAGGCCAAAUUGGUGACCAGGGUGUAUAUAUUUCAUAAGCUGUCUACAGUAUAUAUGGUAUAUUGUUAUAUGUUCUAAGUGCAA